AUGUCUUGGACCAGCUGGGCAGCAAUCUCGUCAAGACAUCCUGUCUCUCUACGGCGAGAAAGCCGGGCUGGCGAUAUACAUACUAUGGUGGGUGAACACAGCCAUGGAGGUGGUUGCCUGCGUUGCAAUCCCAUUCGUCCAUAUCCAGAUGCAGCUAUGAGGCGCAAGACACAUGCCAGCAGCGGCAUUACUGCCAUUCUUUGCAGCAUAAUAUCUGCCGCCGGAGACGCGGUGAUAUGUCGUCUGGCUUAA